UCUUAACCGCAUCACGUUCAUGGAGUGAGUGCUUAUGUUUUUUCACCAGUUUCUAAAAUAGAAUUAAAAUUAGGGUUUAUAAUCAAGGAAAAGGAGCGUCUUUCUCUUUCUUGACCUUGUAGAUAAUAUCGACAAUCGACCUAUGCAAUGAGCUAUGCCUCUUCUUCUCUCAAGAUAUUGAGUGGUCUCAUUUCGAUUCCAGUUACCAAUGUUAAAUGAUAAUGCAGACAUAACCAUCCAUGCAAUGAGGAAAAAUUGGAUGCAAAAUAUUUUCUGUGAACUAUUACUGGUGCCAGUUCAAUUGAACCUUGUGGAUUAAUUGACGUGAUAUUUCUUCUACGUAAAAAGUAUAGGCACCUUGUGCUUUCUCGUACAAAUGGAUAAGGAAAUACUUCUUGAAGGUCUUUUUAAGGCACGCACAUUGGCUCGAAACCUAGCUAAGGAGAUUGACAUGAAAAAUCAGAAUUUGUGGGAGUUAGAGCAUAAACACAAUGAGACUUCGGUAGCUCUCAACAGGAUGAUUGCUGAGAAAGACGAAUUGCAUCAAACAUUUGCUCAAGAAUUGAGAAAAAUGGAGUUUAUUAGGCAAGAAAAUCAAAAGCUGAAAUAUAAGCUGGAGUAUGAGGUCAAGAAGAUGCAAACUUUAGGUUUAGAAAAUGAAAAUCUAAAGCAGGACCUGUCUAAUCAAAGAAAUGAGAUUGAGCAAAGGGCAACGGAACUGGAAAAGCGAGAAUCCCAUGUUGAACAUGAGUUCAAAAAGAUUCACACAGAGAUGGAAAAUUUGAAAAGCCAAUAUCUAAUUGAAAGUGAGUACAGCAUGGUCCUCCAAGUUGAUGAUUUGAAGGAAGAGUUGGCUGAAAAAAUGGAUGAAUUGCAUAAUGUGGAAAGCUUGAACCAAACUCUCAUAUUGAGAGAUCACAUGAGUAACAAUGAACUACAGGAAGCUCGCAAAGAAUUGAUAAACGUUCUGCCAGAUAUAUUGGAUAAUACAACAAUAGGGGUCAAAAGAAUGGGAGAGGUUGAUCAGAAACCUUUCCAGGAUCUAUGCUUUCGCAGGUUUCCCCGUGAAGACUGGGAGGUGAAAUCAAUGGAGCAAACCUCAUUGUGGCAAGAAAAUGUCAAAGAUCCUGGUUGGCAGCCUUUCAAGACAGUGAUGAAAGAAGGAAAACUGCAGGAAAUAAUUGAUGAUUCAGAUCCAAAGUUGAUGGAGUUGAAAAACAUAUGGGGAGAUGGUGCAUAUGAUAGUGUGGUGAAAGCACUAUUGGAGUUAAAUGAUUACAAUCCAAGUGGGAGGUAUGUAGUUUCUGAACUUUGGAACUUCAAUGAGGGAAGGAAAGCUAGUCUUAAAGAGGUAGUUCAUUGUAUUGUCCAACAACUGAAAACUCUCAAGCCUACCAAACGCAGUAGAAGGUGACAGACAUCGAUGAUCAAAUUUAUUGUAUUAUCAGCUCCUAGAGAAAUGCUUGAACAGUGCAUCAAAAUGUGACAUUACUGUAACAUAUUUAUCUGCUCCACGAAAAUGUUAGGCAUAACUUUAUACUAUCUGCUUCUAUAAAACGAUGUUGAUUAUUGUAACAUUAGAAGAAUGAUAUAAUAAAUAUCUUACUGGCAAUUUGAUAGAGAGAUGCUGUUGUUUACUUUCAUCCCUCAUAUUUGACAAAUGUUAUAUAUCUU